UUUCCUCUUUUUUAGCCUCCAAAGCUCUGAGAGAUUACAGUUCUGCAUAAUUUAAUUCUUUCCUGCCUGCUAUGAGCAGGCCUCCAGAUCAGCAAGUUCCUUUGGAAUGGUUUUGCUUGUUUUCGUUUAUUUUCCAUGGUGCUGAUGAGAAAGCCAAGAAUUGUUUUGUGAAUUUUAAAUUUCAAGGGGUGACAUCCAGAGUUUAUGGUGGUUUCCUUCAAACACUGCAGUGUAGUUGCAGCAUAAAAAAAUGCUUCUUGUGACAAGAAGUGGAAAAAGAAAGUUGAUGAGCUAAGAAAAGUAGAGCCUGGAUACAGAUUAACUAUUUGGCUUCCUCAAAUAUGGAGCAAGCAUGGAAUGUGGCUUUUUCAGAAUCGAGGGGUUUUUAGGGUUGGGCAGUGAAUGCUGUCUGGUGCUAACCAGUCCCUUUUGUGACUGACAACCCUUAGGAGAAGGUCAGAAUGUGCCAACAGCACAGAGUUGGCACUGGUGGUGUUUGAACUCAGAAGUGCUCAGGAACUGUGAAAGUUUCUCUGUUAUCACCCUGGAGCCAUCUAGUGAAAUAGACCACUGUGAUGCUGUGUAAGAGGCCAUUGUGAGGGCUGGAGAGAUGGCUCAGUGGGUAAGAGCACCAAGUGUUCUUCCAGAGGUCCUGAGUUCAAAUGCCAGCAACCACAUGAUGGCUCACAACCAUCUGUAAGGAAUACUGAUGCCCUCUUCUGGUGUGUCUGAAGACAGCUGCAUUGUCUCACAUAUAAAUAAAUAAAUCUUACAAAAGAUUGUCAUCUACUGCACUUUCUAUGUGGACAGGGCACAGUUGAAGGGCUUAAAGAUCAAGUACAUUGCCUGUCUUUAAAGAUCAAGUGUAUCACCUAACUUUUAAACCAAGAAAUGUAGUGUCUUUUUUGCUGCUUCUGUACCUUUUAAUGAUGUAUCUUUUCUCCUAUAACAUCAUUUGUUUCCAUAAUAGUUGUUUUCAAGUGUAUAUGAUCAUUGAUCCUAUUUGCAGAGCUAUUCAAUAUUUCUGUUUUCAUUGGUUAAAUAUCUGUGGUGAAUUUGCAUUGUGAUAUCAGUAAAAUGCUAUGUGAAAAUUUUAGAGAAUAUACCGGUUUGGGUAAUUGUAAUAACCUUUCCCCUCAAGUGGUGGCCUGUUUACACAUUAAAAAGACUGGAAUGUUUUACCAUCCAUAGCAGGAUUGAUAGGGAAGCACAAUGGACAGCAACAGUGUUGUUCCCUUUGACAGUUUUGAGAGCCAAUAAUGAAGUGUGAGUUGCCUAUUUGUGUCUUACAAAAUCAAGGCUUAGUGUCAUUACUGUAGGAGCCCAUGGAAAAAAUGAUGAGUUUUUCAGAAAUCACGAGUUAAAGAAAUGGUGGUAUUGCUUAUAUUUAACUCUGAGUUUCAAAAUUAUGUUUCAUUUUUCUUUAUUCCUUAAUGAAGCUUUUUAUUAAGUUUUUUAUUCACCAUUACACCCUUAGAUACACAGUGCUAGGAUCGUAGUAGGUGCUCAAUAAAUCACUGACCAUCGGGGAGGAGGAAUGAUAAGAAAGUAUGUAUUUUCUAUAAGUUCUGUUAGUUUCAGGAACAAGGGGUUUUAGGCUUACCAGUUAUAGAAACAGAGAGAGCACUACCAAAUUCCUUCUAUGAAGCCACAAUUAUUCACAAAUUAUUCACAAAUUAUUCACAAAGCCACACAAAGAUACAACAAAGAAAGAGUAAUUCAGACCUAUUUGAUUUAUGAAUAUUGAUGCAAAAUUCUUGCAAACUGAAUCCAAGAACACAUCCAAACAAUCAUCCAUCAUGAUCAAGUAGGAUUCAUGGCAAGGCUGCAGGGAUGGUUUAAUAUACAGAAAUCCAUGAACGAAAUUCACCGUAUAAACAAACUCAAAGGAAAAAAAACACAUGAUCACUUCAUUAGAUGCUGAGAAAUCAUUUGACAAAAUUCAAUACCCUUUCAUUAAUAAAGUCCUGGAAAGAUCAGGAAUUCAAGGCCCAUAUCUAAAUAUAGGAAAAUGCAAAAUACAUCAAACCAGUAGGUAUCAUCAAACUAAACUGAGAAAAUUGAAGGAAUCCCACUAAAAUCAGGGACUAGACAAGGCUGCCCACUCUUUCCCUACUUUUUCAAUAUGGUACUUAAGGUCCUAGCCAUAGCAAUCAAACAAUGAUAGUAGGUCAAAGCGAUAAAAAUUAGAAGGGAUGAAGUCAAAAUAGUAAUAUUUGAAGAUGAUAUGAUAGUCUACUUAAGCAACACCAAAAUUCCACCAGAGAACUACUUAACCUGAUCAACAACUUCAGCAAACUGGCCGAGUAUAAAAUUAACUCAAACAAUUCAGUAGCCUUCCUCUACUCAAAGGGUAAACAGGCUGAGAAAGAAAUUAAGGAAAUGACAUCCUUCACAAUAGUCCCAAAUAAUAUAAAAUAACUUGCUGUUACUUGAACCAAGCAAGUAAAAAAUCUGUAUGACAAGAACUUCAAAUCUCUGAAGAAAUUGUAGAAGAUCUCAGAAGAUGGAAAGAUCUCCCAUGCUCAUAGAUUGGCAGGAUGAAUAUGGUAAAAAAUGGCCAUUUUGCAAAAAGCAAUCUACAGAUUCAAUGCCAUCACCAUCAGUAUUCCUACUCAAUUCUUUAUAAAGUGCAAUUUGCCGUCAUUUGGUAUAACAUAAAACCCAGGACAGCAAAACUAUACUCAACAAUAAAAGACCUUCUGGGGGAAUCACCAUCUCUGACCUCAAGCAGUAUUACAGAGCAAUAGUCUGUAUGGUAUUGGCAUACAAACAGGCAGAUCAGUGGAACAUAAUUGAAGACACAGAAAUGAACCCACACACCUAUGGUCAUUUGAUCUUUGACAAAGGAGUUAAAACAUCCAAUGGAAGAAAGAUAGCAGUUUUAACAAAUAGUUCAACUGGAGGUCAGCAAGUAGAAGCAUGCAAGUUGACCAAUUCUUAUUACCCUGUACAAAGCUUAAGUCCAAGUGGAUCAAGGGCCUCCACAUCAAACCAGAUACACUAAAAUUAAUAGAAAAAAUGUAGGGAAGAGUCUCGAAGACAUGAGCACUAAGGAAAUUUCCUAAACAAAACACCAAUAGCUUAUGCUUUAAGAUCAAGAAUCGACAAAUGGGGGAACCUCAUAAAACUGAAAAGCUUCUGUAAGGCAAAGGACAGUGUCAUUCAGACAAAAAGGCAACCAACAGAUUGGGAAAGAAUCUUUCCCAAUCCUGCAUCUGAUGGAGGGCUAAUAUCCAAAGUAUACACAAAACACAAGAAGUUAGAGUACAGAGAGCCAAACACCCCUGUUAAUAAAUGGGGUAAGGAGCUAAAGCAAACAUUCUCAGCUGAGGAAUAUCGAACAGCUGAAAAGCACCUAAAGAAAUGCUCAACAUCCUUAGUCAUCUGGGAAAUGCAAAUCAAAACAACCCUAAGAAUUCACCUCAGACCAGUCAGGAUGGCUAAGAUCAAAAACUCAGGCGACAACAGAGGCUGGCGAGGAUGUGGAGAAAGAGGAACACUCGUCCAUUGUUGCUGGGAUGGCAAACUGGUACAAGCACUCUGGAAAUCAGUCUGAAGGUUCCUCAGAAAAUUGGACAUUCCACUACCUGAGCACACAGGUAUACCUGUCCUGGGCAUGUACCCAAAAGAUUCUCCAACAUACAACAACACACAUGCUGCACUAAGUUCAUAGCAGCCUUAUUCAUAAUAGCCAGAAGCUGGAAUGAACCCAGAUGCCCUUCAACAGAGGAAUUGAUUUGAAAAAUGUGGUACAUCUACACAAUGGAGCACCACUCAGCUAUCAAAAACAAUGACUACGUUCAAUUCAUAGGCAAAUGGAAAGAACUAGAAAAUAUCAUACACAGUGAGGUAAUCCAAUCACAGAAAAACACACUUGGUAUGCUAUUGGGAGCGAUGGCCUUGAAGCCCUCCAUUAUUGAUGUUAUUAUUAUGGUUAGCAUUAAGUAUGACUGGGUUCAUGGAAAAUCCCCAGCCAGCUGCAGAAGACUAAUACAAAUGUGGUGGUCAAUAUGAAUAACCAUAUGAUAACGUGUGACGUUAAGAUACCCAAUGUCAUGACCUGUAACCUUUCUGAAAAACCAACAUCCUGCUUUCUAAUAGAUAUGACAAACCUGUGACCUUUCUGACAUCCUGUCACCAUCAGCCGAUUCCCUGACCACAUGAAUAUUGUGUCCUUGGAUUGCGUAAAUGUGUCUUAAUUCCCUCCUCUCUCUGUUACCCUUUUUAUGGUACAAAUUCAGCCUUGGGGAAAAAUAAAAUUGUCGCCUUGAUCAGACUCUUGUCUUGGAGUCCUUCUUCACAACUCUUGUCCCCCUUUCUCUUCCAGGUACUCAGCACCCCUCAUUGACAGUAUGCACUCAUUGAUAAGUGGAUAUUGACCAAAACCUCAAAUUACCCAAUGCAAUCUGCAGAUCUCAGGAAACUCAAGAAAAGGAUGACCAAAGUGCAGAUGCCCCCACUCCUUCUUAAAAUGGGGAACAAAAAUAUCCAUAAGAGGGGAUAUGGAGGCCAAAUCUAAAGCAGAGACUGAAGGAACAGCCAUUCAGAGCCUGCCCCACAUGUGGCCCAUAUAUAUACAGCCACCAAAACUAGGUUUUGGUAGGAAGGCAUCAUCCCAAAAUGUCAUCAGUAAGCAAGAGGAGUGUUUAAAGGAACUGGAGGAACUCAAAUUUGAAAUCCAGAAGUGUCAAUUCGAGAGGGAUGAAUUUUAUCAAAUCCUGGACCUUUAUAUCUAUGAUGAUUGGGACCACAGGCUGGAUGUCGAAUUGCCAAUACUUCAAUCCGAACAUGAGAUGAGAAUGAUGGCUAUGCAAAUGAUGACCAGUUCAAUAAGUGAGGCCAUGGAGAGGUACAAGGAGCUCAUACAAGUGAACAGUUCCUACCGCAUCAGGAACUCCCAGCUUCUGCGUGAGCAAACUCAAUUGAAGAACAAUAUACAGAUUUUGCUGAAUGAGAAGAGAGAACUGCUGGUGGAGCAGACUGAACAGCCAGCAUCCUCUGUGGAGGCAAAGAGGCUCUGUGAAGAGGCCGGAAUGAACAUCUGUGUCCCCAGUGCAAAGGAACAGCAGGUCUGAAAUUCUCCAGGAGAAACUCGAACAAGACACAAACCAGGGCAAGAUCUCCCUUGGAGAGAAGUGCUACAGGAGGAGAACUAAGUGUGCACAGCAAAUACACCACUAUUGCAUCUCAUCUGUAAUGUCCAUAGCAAUUGUGGACUGCAUUUUCCUCCUUUAGUUUUAUUUCUUUGGAUUGAAUAGGCCGUACUUUCACCUCCCCACCCUCCAGCAAGUGUAAACUUUUGGAGGGACUCAGAGAAGUGCUGAUGCACAUCAAUCAAGAGGUGCUGGUCAUCCAGAAAGACUGUGCACGUGUAAAUGUGUACUUGUCCUGGUGGGUCAUCCAGAAGAGUUUCAUGGAGAUCAGUUCACAACAUUGGAAAGACUUUGAGAUAAAGUCUGUAAUAUCAUUUCUACUCAGUAUUGGAUGGCUUUGUUCUUAAUACCCCCACUCCAACAAAACAGACCUACUUCCACUCCUCUUGAAAAGAUUAUUACCAUCAGUAACUGCUUGUCUACUGUGUCUCCAAGGAAAGACACAGGCUAUAAAUCUAUUCUGCAGAAGGAGCAGCAAAAAAUGCUUAGCGCAAUUCCUCUAUUUAAAGUGUGGCUGAGUUUUGAUUAUUUUGGUUAUUUGGUUUUCCUCCUAUUCAUUUGAAGUUUUGUUAUUUAUGUGUUGUUGUUUUGUUCAUUUGGUUUUCUAUUUUGAUAAGGAUAUAGACUGUAUAUAUUGACUACCUGCAUCUGGUUACUAUCAUGUAAAUUGGAUGUAUCCUGGUGAAAAAAAAGAGUAAUCUCAAACUCUUCACUCUUAAGAACCUUCUUUAUUGAUCAUUAGUGUCAACAUCUGAAGUCCCACAGCUAUCAGGGAGGGAUGGAUCUCUGCAUUCUCAUGGGGACUGGGCAUCAAAAUCACUUCCCAGUCAGACUGAGAUUCAAAGGCAAUUAUACAGUCACUGUUCACUGUGUUCCAAACUCUGUGAAUUUCAACUUCAUAUUGCAUAUAUUACCCACUGUGUAUGCUUACUGUCAAAUAUAUAGUUACCUCUAAAUUAUA